UAAGGAAAAAUAUACAUAAAAAAAUGUACAUUAAAAGAGGGUGUCACGAAAAAGCAGCGGGUUUUCCGGUGAGAGGACAAGAAUAAGCAAAAGCUGGUGCUGUGACACGUGGAAACAAAUAGACCGUCAGAUUGACAUGGGACGGCUAUGAUCAUCAUCUCAGCCCCAACGGAAUAGUAAAGAUCGGUAAGAGAAAGAGAGAGAGUUUCACACACAAACACAGAGAAGAAAACGCACGCACUGGCAGAACCAGUCUCGUCGUCAUUUUUACAAUCAAUCAGAGAUACUGAAAGAGAAGAGAGAGAAAGAGAGAAUUAGAAAGAGAGUGAAAGAGUGAGAGAGUGAAGAUAAUGGAAGGAGAGGGGAGUCGGGGAGAGAGAGAAAGGGAGGAAAUGGGUUUUCGUUGUCUGUCUUUAAAUUGAGGUUGCAGAAGAGGGGGGCGCUGUUGCGGUGGCGGCGUUGCAGGGCUGUAAGUAAAUUCUGUGUAUUUAAUGCUUACAACGCAGAGAAAAAGGAAUUGGAGCAACCAUCAUCAACGCUCGCUGCAGCUGCUGCCCAUAAAAUCCGACUUGUGUCUGGAAAAAGCUGCAGACCUCAGACCAGAGGCCUCUACUAGAAACACCCAGAUGUAGAAAUCAGGUAAAACUGAAAAAAGGGAAAAAACCAAACCCUUCCAAGUCCCUAACCCCACCAACAGUGACUCAGUGAGUCUGUUCCCUUCCCAUCCCAUUCUGCCAAACACCCAAGUACCCAAAUCCCAGAACAGGAAAAGAAAAAAAAAAAUUAAAAAAAAAGCCCAGAAAAUAAACAAAAAGAACAAAAGACACACUAAACAAUUCAAACCCACAAAGCUCAAAAAAAGGGUCAGGGUGGAAGUGGAAGAGCAGGAGGAGGAGGAGAAAGGAGCAAUUUUGUAGAAAGCUGCGUAACCCAGGUGAGCUUCUGCUAUGGAUUUUUGGUCUCAAUUGAAGUUUGCCUUAGCUUCAGGGAGGAAGCAAUGGCUGGGUUUUCACUAGGUUGGGGAAGUGGAAGAGGAAGUGGAAGCAACAACCAGCAACAGAGCCCGCCCAGCAACGAAAUUCCUCCGGAGAGCCUAUUCCUAUACAGGAACGACGAGAUCUCUAACAACAACAACAAGGGUUUCGAGCUAUGGCAACUGCAUCAUCAUCACCAUCACCAUCACCAUCAUCAACGGCUGCAAGAGAACAUCUACUCGUCCUGCUUGGCGGUGGGUCCUAGUUCCAUCUCGGAGUCCGAUGAGCUGAGUUGGAGAGGAAACGCAGUCUCAGUCCCAGCCCCAGCCCCAGCCCCAGCCGCAGGAGGAGGAGGAGGAGGAAUUGUGAGUGAGAGUAGGACGACGAUGAGACAAGGAGUAGUAGGAGGAGGGAUGAGCUGCCAAGACUGUGGGAACCAAGCGAAGAAGGACUGUAUUCAUAUGAGGUGCAGGACUUGUUGUAAGAGCCGAGGGUUUCAGUGCCCGACUCACGUCAAGAGCACUUGGGUCCCUGCUUCUAGAAGACGUGAACGCCAACAACAGCUCGCCCCUAUUCACCAACAGCAGCACCAGCAGGAACACCAACACCAACAUCAUCACCAUCAUCAUCAUCAUCAUCAACAGGCGCAGCUCCGUGGAGAGAAUCCCAAAAGACAGAGAGAACAUCCCUCCCUUGCCUGCACCCGUUUACCCACCACCACAUCAGGGAUGGAAGUAGGGAACUUUCCCGCAGAGGUUAACUCUCCGGCGGUGUUUCGUUGCGUUAGAGUGAGUUCCAUUGAUGAUGCUGAUGACCAGUAUGCGUAUCAAACGGCUGUGAAUAUCGCAGGACAUGUCUUUAAGGGUGUCCUUUAUGAUCAAGGCCCCGAUGUCCAUUAUGGUCCAGGAGAAAGCUCCUCCGGUGGUGGAGGAGGAGGAGGAGCUCCACCUCGUAAUCUCAUUACAGCAGCUGCCACCACUACCGCUGCCACAACAAGAAGUGCAGCAGCAAUGCUUGAUCCUUCAUCUCUCUACCCAACACCCCUCAACGCCUUCAUGGCCGGUACGCAAUUCUUCCCACCCCCAAGAUAGACCUUUCCAGCUUCCUCUACUUGGUUCUUCUCCCUCUCCUUCUAAGUUCUUUCUAACCAACUCAUCCUUAAAAGCUAGUGGUUAAGGAGAGGGUGCCCAAGUAACUACAAGUCUCCACAUCGAGGUUUCAACAUCUCACCUUUUGUCUUUACAUUAUUCUCUACAAUCUACAUUGUUGUUAUAUUUGUUGUUUUCCCAGUACUUUUAAUGCCCAUCCAUUGAUCACAGAAAGAGAGAGAGAGAGAGAGAAAGAGAAAGAGAGAGAGGGAGAUAAGUAGAAAUGCGGAUGUUUGUUUGUUAGAAUUUCAAUUCAGAUUUAUCAGUUAUAUCUGUUCCUUUCCAAGUUUCUUCUUGUUUGCAUUUAUAGCUCUGUUCUUUAUUAACCUCUUUAAGAGUUCAAGUGUAGUGAAUGUAGUGGGUGGAGAUGUGUCUGUUUAGGUGUCUACUGUGUACUGAUUACUAAAUGCGUGUCCGUAGUCUUUUUUAUCUGUGUCUCUUUGUUUCUUUAUUGUAGUUUAUUUCUCUUUAAAUGGGUUGGAUUUGAUUUAGCUUUCUGCUUGGUUUUGAACAUCUAAUCCACUUUUUCCCGUUUACCCGUUUCUUUGCUGGUUUGACAUUGGACCAUAUAGCCAUAUAGGUACCAUGUUUGGUUGGGCAAAGGCUUUUAUUUAAGUUAUGACUCCUUCCUUGUUUCCCCUUAUUACAUUGCAAAUUCAAGUAUGCUAAAGCUUGAAAAAAAAUAAAAAAUCAAUGGUUCUCUUCUUUAUUGACUCAUAUUUGUUUACUUAUUUUUUCCAUUAGUAAUGUACACAUAGAAUAGACCCUUCUUAGAUGUUACUUUAGUAAUUAGUUCUCUUAUCAAACCUUGCCUUUUAAGUGAUAAAUAAUGGGAAAUGGUGCUUCUUUAGCUGCUUUUGUUUAAUGCACCUGCAACUGUACAUGAAAGGGGAAGGGGGGUGGUUUAGAUGUAAACAUGAGAUACUUGUAUGCACCAUUGAGAAAAGCUCCCAUUAGUUCAUGUGAAAUUUAUAAAAAGAUUGAGAAUUUUACCCUAAUUUACGAACUAUCUGACCCAUGGCAUGUUCUCUUCUCUUUAGAGUUUCUUCAAAUGAUGCCUCUUGAAAGAUAAAUUAAUGAACCUGUCAUGCAUGAUCGUCAUUUAUUGCUUGACAUUAUUUCUUAGUAAAAUUCUUCAUUAUAGUUGUGGAAGCCUCUUCCUACUGCAUUUUCUGGUUUGAGUUUUCUUGUACUUCUAGAAGAAUAUUAUAGCUUUGAUUGAAUAUGCAGCAGCUAUAAAUUUUAUGCCAUACAUUUAGGGAUCAAAAGGAAUCAUUGUGUAACCAUAAAGGGAAUUCUAUUUCUCCAAGAAGAAUAUUUAAUGAGAGAAAAGAUUAUUAAUUGAGCAUCUAAUGGUUAGCAGAAGAUAAUGAGCCUUUAGUCAUUGAUAAUUAUUUGAUUGUCCCCCAUAUUUAGGUCCAAAGAUACCUUUGCACUUUCGGGGAAGGAAAAAAAAAAGAUCCAUACCCACAAGGUCAGUACCCAGGGGGGGAAUGUUAUAAUUUUUUACCUCCAGAUUAAAAAAUAAAAUAAAAUAAAAUCAUUGAUCAGUGGUUCAAUCUAGUGUAUAUAGAUGCAUUUUUAAACAAGUAAAUCACUUGAGUGAAUUCUUAACUAGGGUACCAGCUAAAUUUUCACUAUUUCGUACUAUGAAUCCCAUACAAAGUUAAAAUUUAGAGCCUUAAGAUUGAAAAUAAGUAUAAGAUAGAAAAGUUUAAACCUUUAUGAAGGAGAUCAAAAUAGUUAGGGUGAAAAAAAAAAAAAAAACAAAAAACAAAAAACAAAAAACAAAA